CUCAUACUAUCUGGUUUAAUUAAUUAUGAUUUCUGGUUUAAUUAUUUCUUCUACACACCUUAAAAUCCAAUCAAUACGAGACUUUAGUAAUCUCUCUUUUAUCUCGCUCUCUGUAUCAUCAUCAUCAACAUCUUCAGUAGAAUCUCUGUUCUUCGGUUCGAUCCUUGUUCCUUGGUGAUUAUCCCCUCCCUCCUAAGCUUUGAUUUUGCCGAUCUCCGGAUUCUCGGGUGAAGCUCGGAUUGGAUUUAUCAAUCCUUUUUAUUUUGAUCUUUACUGUUUCACAGAUUGAUUAUAUAAGUAGAGAGAAAGGAAGGUGAAAAACCCAAACCCUAGAGAGAAAGAGAUUUGAUUUCAAAAAUUGGGAAGCGAGAUGAGGAAAGAGGAAAUCCCCGAUAAAACUCGGAGCAUCCCGAUGGACCCGAGUCUUCCUAAAUGGGUCUGCCAAAACUGUCACCACUCCCUUACCAUCGUCGGCGUCGUCGAUUCCUACGCCGCCAAGUUCUUCUCCGAUUCUCCUCCUUCCGCUUCCGCAACAAUGCAGGGACAAGGAUAUGGAGCUAACAGUGUUGUUGGUUCAACACGCAUGGACAACUCCUUUGUUGUCUUACCUCGACACAAGCCUCCUCAAGCACAAGCUCAGGGCAUUCCUCCACGUCCUCGUGGUCCUGAUGCUAACCAAUCUGGAAAGGCUAUGGAAGACUCGUUUGUUGUUGUGUAUAAGUCUGAGCCUGCUUCUGAUUCACCCUCUUCUCACAAUCUUUCCCUUGAAGUCGGCCAAAACGGUCCGUUGCAUUCCAAUAAUUCUGGCUUUAAUGCCACUAUCAAUGUCUUGACACGAGCUUUUGAUAUUGCCAGAACUCAGACUCAGGUUGAACAGCCAUUGUGCUUAGAAUGCAUGAGGGUUUUGUCUGAUAAACUUGAAAAAGAAGUUGAGGAUGUGACGAGGGACGUGGAAGCUUACGAAGCAUGCGUUCAGCGGUUAGAAGGGGAGACACAAGAUGUUCUUAGUGAAUCUGAUUUUCUCAAGGAAAAAAAGAAGAUUGAGGAAGAAGAAAGAAAACUUGUUGCAGCUAUAGAAGAAACAGAGAAACAAAAUGCUGAAGUGAACCAUCAACUGAAGGAGCUCGAAUCAAAGGGAAAUCGCUUUAACGAACUCGAAGAUCGGUAUUGGCAAGAGUUCAAUAAUUUUCAGUUUCAACUAAUAGCCCAUCAGCAAGAGAGAGAUGCAAUCUUGGCAAAGAUUGAAGUUUCACAAGCACAUUUAGAGUUAUUAAAUAAGACAAACGUACUGAUUGAUGCCUUCCCCAUACGGUAUGAUGGAGAUUUUGGUACGAUUAACAAUUUUCGACUUGGAUUACUCCCUGACAUAAAGGUUGAGUGGGAUGAGAUCAAUGCUGCUUGGGGCCAAGCCUGUCUUCUCCUCCACACGAUGUGUAACUAUUUCCGGCCAAAAUUUCAAUCUCGAGUUAAGAUACAGCCGAUGGGGAGCUAUCCUAGAAUUGUAGACAGCAACAACGAAACUUAUGAGCUGUUUGGCCCUGUAAACUUGUUUUGGAGCACUCGGUACGAUAAAGCCAUGACACUGUAUUUGAUGUGUCUUAAAGACUUCACUGAUUUCGCAAAUUCAAAGGACCAAGAGAACAAUAUCCCACCAGAGAAAUGCCUCAAACUUCCAUUCAAGAUCGAAAAUGACAAAGUGGAGGGGUAUUCGAUAACACAGAGCUUCAAUAAGAAAGAGAGUUGGACAAAAGCACUGAAGUAUACUCUCUGCAAUCUCAAAUGGGCGCUCUACUGGUUCGUUGGAAACACUAAUUUCCAACCUCUCUCUGCUACGGUCUCUUUGCCUUCUGAUGUAUCAGCGGCUGGUUCCUUGUACGCCAAGCGGGGUCCUGAUUCUAACAAUAAGCCGUCUGGUAAAAACCAAAGAAACUUGUGAGAAAUUGAACUAAAAUCAGUGACUUGUGUGAAUAGUUUUUACGCAUUUAUUAUGUUAUAAACCAUCGAAUAAUAAGAACACUAAUGCUUACAAUCUAUUAUUGUACAAAUUCUUCUCU